AAUUCUGCAAGUGGUUCUAAUUUACUAUCGCUGUUCUCUAGCUGGUCUAAAACCGCUUUUGACCUAAAGGGACACUUUUUGGACGCCAUGGACUUUUUUCAGUUUCCAGGCAGAAAGAACGGUAAAAAUGCAGGCAGGGCACAGGACAAAGCACUCGGGACAAAAUGUAUGUGAAAUGGUUUGAUACAUGAAUGUCACUUUUUGUCAUUUUCAAAUUUCCCGCCGUUCCGUCCCCCGUACGUCCCGACGCUCGCAGGGGACGGAACCCAGAUGACAGAUGCCGGCAUCCGCCGGAUUACAUUGCAGGGGACACUGCAGGGGGGACAU